AAACGGACACAACAAGCGACAUUUUAUUAUCAUUCAUUCAUGGAAGUUACUGCUGAUAAUCGUCAGGAAUGUCCACCAUUUGGCUACAGGUCAGGCAGUGUGGCAAUCAAGUUGGACAGGAAUGGUGGAAACUCAUUGCCAAUGAAAGGGCUCCAAAUUCUGCUGUGGACAGGUCAUUCAGAGAGUCAAACGUUUUAAUUGGCUUGAGAGGAAGAGGCAACAACUGGGCUUUUGGGUAUCAUAGGCUGCGGACAGAGGACGAGGACAGUUUGCUUCACCGCACCAUGGAUAGCUUCCGGAAAGAAGUGGAGCAGCGGGACAGUUACAGUGCAGUCAUACUAUUACACAGCCUGAGUGGUGGCACAGGGUAUGGAUUGGGUGCACGAUUAUGUGAAUCAAUCCGAAAGGACUUUCCAAUGGGCUACAUUCUGUCUGUGACAGUCGCUCCACAUCAAGCAGGGGAAAGCCCACUGCAACACUUCAACUCCCUGCUUUGCCUUUCCUGGUUUCAAAGGUACGCUGAUGGGGUACUCCUGUUUCACAAUGAUGACAUGUUGCGCAGCAUGCAUGCCUUGUUUGGAAAAAAGACUGAACACAUCUCAGCUCUACAGGCGCAAAUUUCUUUGUACGACAUGAACACACAUAUUGCAUCCUGUCUGGCGGGACUGAUGUACCCAGUGAGCAGCCUCCGAACGCGAAGUGGUGUCAGCAUUGGUCUGGAGCCCUGGGAGCUGUUGAGAUCUGUCUGUCCAGUGCCUACAACCAAAUUCCUAUACACAAGCCAGAUGAACAAGAGGGGCAAUGCAUCCUGGGAUAGUAUGCUAUCCUCCAUUGUGCGCACUCUUCCACAUCACUCAUCCACCAGGAAUAUUCAUCAGAGCACGGCUGUCCUAGCUGUGGCUCGUGGGAAUGGAGCGGACACAUUUAAUUGCUCGCCAUUCAUGAUGAAAAUGAAACAAGGAUAUGGAUGUGUUUCGUGGAACCCUCAUCCCUUGGACUAUUGGACAGAUCCUUGGAAUAUUGUUGACCUGACUUCACCCAGCCGGUUGCUGACCAUUUGUGCCAACCAUAGCAGUGUGUUAGACUAUAUGCAGCGUGUCCUAGAGAAGGCUCGGACCAUGUAUGAUGCCCAUGCCUAUCUCCACUGGUACUGGAAGCACGGCUGUGAAGAGGGAGACUUCUUGCAAGCCUUCGAGAUUCUGGAUUCUGUGGUGAAGGAAUACAGUGCUGCAGGAGAUCACUGACCAUCAAUAUUACUGAUUUACAUGUGUCAUUAAUAAGUGUUGAUGUAUGGGACAGGAGCGGCAGGGACUAGGUGCUGGCCUUUCUCCUCUAGACUGAAGAUUAUUAUCCAGCUCUGUCUCCUGGUUUGAAAUAUGGGAAGUCACAGUCUAAUUAUUGGUAUGGGCAAUGGGGAAAUGUUCACACUUGUUCAUUCUGAUGUGGAUGAGGCACAGUGUUGGGAGAAGUAGUUUUACUCUGUCUCCAGCUAUGCUGUUCCUGUCCUGGGAGUGU